AUGGCUUUUGAAAACUUAGAGAAAGCCUUAGAUUUUUAUGGUAAAUAUGCUGAAAUUUGCGGUUUUGAUAUACGUUCAUCUACUACCUACAAAAAAAAGGGUAUUGUUUUUUUAAAAUAUUUUGUUUGUAGUAGGGAGGGUAUCAUAAAACCUAAACCUAAGAAAAGUGCAGAUGUUGUUGCACGUUAUAAGAGAUCAACCAAAAGAAUUGUUUGUAAAGCUAGAUUGAUUUUGAAAUAUGACAUAGCGAAGAGAACAUACCAUGUUUUAAAAUUCGAAGAGGCGCACAAUCAUUGUCUAGUUAGCCCUACAUCGCGUCAAUUUUUAUUGGGUAAUAGGAAAAUGACUUUGUUGCACAAAAAUUUCAUAUCUAAGAAUGCACGGGUUAAUAUAGGACCGGUUAAAUCCUUUAGAUUGUUUAAGGAAAAUGUCGGGGGUUAUGAGAAUGUGGGAGUGACAAUGCGAGAUUUUAAGAAUUUCCAUAGGGAUUUGAAAGCAUAUAUUAAAGGAGAUGAUGGGAAGAUGUUGAUCGAGAAUUUUAUCAGAAAAAGAGAUAUUUACACGGGGUUUUAUUUUGAUUAUGCUUUAGAUGAGGAGGACCACAUAUCACGUUUAUUUUGGGCCGAUGCGAUAAGUAGAAAGAAUUAUUGUUUAUUUGGAGAAAUGGUUACUUUUGAUUGUACUUAUAACACCAAUAAGUAUAGCAUGGUUUUAGCCCCUUUUACUGGUGUAGAUCAUCAUAAGUCUUGUAUUACAUUUGGUAUAGGUUUAUUAGCUAAGGAAGAUAGUGAAUCUUUUGAGUGGUUAUUUAGAACUUUUUUACAUUGUAUGGAGGAGUGUAUGCCAACAUAUUUGAUAACUGAUCAAGACCCUGCAAUGAAAAUUGCGAUUAAAAAUAGGUACAAACAAGAUAAGCUCAAUGCUGAAUCACUUCACACAAACCCACAAUAUAAAACACCAUUGCCGAUUGAAAAACAUGCCGGUGAAGUCUAUACUAGAAAAAUAUUUUUUCUUUUUCAAAAUGAAGUUUAUAAGUCUUGUUUCAAAACUUAUAUUCAAAGUAUUGAAAAGAUUGAAAGUGUGGAAAGUAUAACUGUUUUGGACUCAACGGUAAGUAAGAUGUACAAGGUGAAAUUUAUACUGGGAAGUUCGAUUGACGAGUUGAAGGUAGAUUGUGAUUGCAAGUUAUUUAAACGGAUAGGAAUAUUAUGUUCCCAUGCGAUUUGUGUUAUGAGUGCAAGACAAAUAACACAAAUACCACAGCAAUAUGUUUUAGAUCGUUGGACGAAGCUAGCUUUAAAGAAGCCUAUUGUUGAUUUGCAUGGGAAUCUGAUUGAAGAGAGCAAAAAGUGUAACAACGUGGGGAAGUUGUUGGGGGAAGUUUGGUGUGAAAUAUUCAAUUGUGUAGGUUUAGCUCAACGGAGUGAGAGUGAUUUACAAUCACUUUUACAAAACCUAAAAGAUAUUAGUAGAAAAUUGGAGGAAAGUGAUGAUGUGAGGGUGGACAUUACUAAAGAGCAACAAAUCGAAUUGUUAGUAGGCACAAGUUCAUCUUCGACAAUGGAAAUACAAAACCCAAUCCAAUCAAAGAACAAAGGAAAAAGGCAAAGAAUAAUUGGGGAAAAGGAACAAACUAUUGAGCAAAGCAAGAAGCCUAAAAGAAAGUGCAAAACUUGUGGUAAAUUUGAUUAUCAUGAUAGUCGAAAUUGCCCAUCAACAAAAGAUACCCCACUGAAGGAAAAUUGAUGCUGAAGAACAGAUAGAUGAAGAGAUUAUAUUAAGAUGACUAUGGAUAGCUACUGUCUUUUGUUUUGUAAUUUUGAAAAAUCUUUUGUUGCAAAAAUGAAUGCUACUAUGUUCUUAGGAAAAGAUACUAUGUUGUUAUUAAAAGUUACUAUGACAAUGUAUAGCUACU